CGUUUUCACCGGCUCAUGUGUUAAAGCUAAAUAACAACAUGUCAGACGGAUCUUCAUUACAGACUGACAGCAAUUUAAAAGGAGAAGUGAUACGGUCUUUUCUCACAUUAGAAAGUCUAGACCCUAACAUGUUCAGAGCUUCAAAUGAAAACCUCUGGCACCCUCAAGGCAGCAGGUUUAUAUUUGGUGGUCAGGUCGUUGGUCAAGCCCUAGUUGCCGCAUGCAACACAGUCUCACACGACCACCACGCCCAUAGUCUGCACUGCUACUUUUUACGAGGAGGAAACUCAAACUGGCCGAUACUGUACCAUGUCGAUCGAACUCGAGAUGGUGAGACAUACGCUAGUCGAAGUGUGAAGGCUACUCAAGAUGGGAAGGCAAUAUUCACGAUGCAGACGUCUUUCAAGAAAGAUGAGCCCCAGGGCUAUCACUUCCAGAUGGAGAUGCCUGAAGUGGAAGGACCGGACAAGCUAAUGAGCACAGACGAGCUUCUCAGGCUGAGACUUAAAAACAAAGGAAUCUCUGACCGCGAGAAAGAGUUCAUAAACCGAAUGCUGUCUCAAAAUCUUCCGAUUAUUAUUCGACCAUGUGACCCCGAGGGUUACUACCGGGUGAAAAUCUCUGAGCCGAAGCGGUUUCUAUGGAUGAAAGCAGCGGGACACAUAGGUGAAGAUACAAAGUUGCACCAGUGUGUGGCUGCCUACAUGUCCGAUUUCUCCUUGCUGGGUACCGCACUUCAGCCUGGCGGUAUGAACUAUCGCAUAAACUUUAUGACCUCUCUGGAUCACACCAUCUGGUUCCAUAACCCGUUCCGUGUGGACGAAUGGAUGCUGUACGAGGCAUUCAGUCCACAUGCAGGCAAUGGGAAGGCAUUCUGUCACGGUCGUGUGUGGAAGCAGGAUGGAACGCUGGCAAUGUCGGUGGCCCAGGAAGGUGUCAUUAGACUGGAGCCAGUUGCCGCCAAGUUAUAGACUGGUUAUAAGCUGUCAUCAGACUAGAACCAGUUGCAAAGUUAUAGACUGGUUCUCAGGAAGGUGUCAUCAAACUAGAGCCAGUUGCCAAGUCAUAGACUGGAUCCCAGCUGUUUGCGCUUGGUUAGACAGAUCUAAUGCCCUUCUAUGCAUUGGUUUUAAGUUGUGUAUAUAUAGAGGAUAUUAGGUUAGUGUCUGUGUGUUCUUGAAUUUAACCGACGAUGAGUUAAAAUGCACUGCUAAGCUUGCCAAGCAAUGUAAGCCUUUCGUCGGAAUAAUUCAAGUCAACAAAGACACUAACCUUAGGCUUAUAUUCCAUUCUGCAAUAUUGUUAUACCCCCACAAACGAAGUAUAU